UAAAAGUAUCCUGGAGGAGUACUGUGAGAUCAGCAGUCUGCUGACGGAGGAAGUCGUCGGCGUCCAUCGGGAGAUCUCGGCGUCCGUCCAGCAGAUAGACCCGCUGGCCGAGUACCAGCACUUCAUCGACGCCUACAGGUCGGUGCCACCGGAGGCGAACGUGGAGUUCGAUGCGUCCCUAUUGGACGAGACGGAAAACAUCCCGGCCAACGAGAUCCUGUGGAACACGCUAACGGCAGACAGCUUGCAGAACACGUUAUCGUGGAAGACGGAGGAGUUGGCGCUGACCCAGAAGAACCUGCAGGAGGAGACGCUGGCAGACGACCUGGAGGCCCGGAUCCAGACCGGCCAGCAGAACGCCGACAGGAAAAGCGACUGCGUCCUAUUGCUGAGCCAGAAGUUGUCCCUGCUGGAGCUGCGUCAGGCCGUCCAAUCACUGCGCAGCUCAGAGGCCUGCCUCCUCUCCCAGAAGGCCUUGCUGGACGCCAAGAUUACCGCUGCGGUCGCUUCCCCGCCGCCAGCACUGCAGUAUGAGGACGACACGCGCUCGGUGUCAUCGACGGACAAGAAGGAGAAGAGCUCCCGCUUCGAUACGCUGCGCCACUCGCUGGCCAGCAUGAUGCGCUCGCCCAAAGCCGUGCUGGGCUCCUCCACUUCGCAGUUCUUUGAUGUGAUUCCCACGUCGGAGCGCCCCCUGGCGGAGCAGGAGUGGUACCACGGGGCCAUCCCCCGCACCGAGGCUCAGGAGUUGCUACGGCAGCAGGGGGACUUCCUGGUGAGGGAAAGCCACGGGAAGCCGGGCGAGUACGUCUUGUCGGUGUUCUCUGACGACCAGAGGCGGCACUUCAUCAUCCAAUUCGCCGACAGUCAGUACCGGUUUGAAGGGACGGGCUUCCCCACCAUCCCUCAGCUCAUCGAGCAUCACUUCUCCUCCAAGCAGGUCAUCACCAAGAAGUCUGGGGUCGUCCUGCUUAACCCGGUCGUCAAGGACAAGAAGUGGAUCCUGAACCAUGAAGAUGUUGUGCUGGGAGAACUACUAGGAAAGGGUAACUUUGGCGAGGUCUUCAAAGGAACGCUGCAGCGAGACAAAGUGCCUGUUGCCGUCAAAACAUGUAAAGAGGAUUUACCUCCAGAGCUGAAGAUCCGCUUCCUGUCUGAGGCCAGGAUCCUCAAGCAAUACGACCAUCCCAACAUCGUGAAGCUGAUCGGCGUCUGCACUCAGAGGCAACCCAUCUACAUCGUCAUGGAGCUGGUUUCAGGCGGGGACUUCCUGUCAUUCCUGAGGAAGAAGAAAGACGAACUGAAGACGAAGCAGCUGGUUCGCUUCGCUGUGGACGCUGCUGCCGGCAUGGCGUACCUGGAGAGUAAAAACUGCAUCCACAGGGACCUGGCCGCCAGGAACUGUCUGGUGGGUGAAAGCAACGUGUUGAAGAUCAGCGACUUCGGGAUGAGUCGGCAGGAAGAUGACGGCGUUUAUUCUUCUUCUGGACUCAAGCAGAUUCCCAUCAAGUGGACGGCGCCUGAGGCCCUGAACUACGGUCGCUACAGCUCAGAGAGCGACGUGUGGAGCUACGGCAUCCUGCUGUGGGAGACCUUCAGCCUGGGGGUGUGUCCGUACCCAGGGAUGACCAAUCAGCAGGCCAGGGAGCAGGUGGAGAAAGGCUACAGGAUGUCGUGUCCUCAGCGUUGCCCUGACGACGUGUACAAAGUGAUGCAGCGCUGCUGGCAGUACAACCCGGAGGACCGGCCCAAGUUCUCAGAGCUGCAGAGAGACCUGGCGGCCAUCAAGAGGAAGUGAGGCGAGGCCACGCUCACAGGGGGCGGGGCCUGCGUUAGCUGGCGGCCAUGGAGAGGAAGUGAGGCCUGCGGCCGCUUCCUGUCAGACAAUACAGGUGCUGUCGCCACAGAAACAGCCAAGAACAUGUAAACACACGGUGCCUAAAUAGACAAUUCAGCCAUUUUUUAUAGACACAAUGUGAAGAAAUGCCACUAAGCCCCGCCCCCAGAGCACUUCCUGGACUGUAACCAUGGCGACAGAAGCUCCACGUUAAAGCUCUUUUUUUCUCCUUUAUUUAUUUUUUAAUUAGUUUUUAUUUCUGACAGCCAGCUGUCUGUCGCCUCAGGCCCCGUCCAGUCUGCCUUCCACUAAACUUCCCUCUAAAUGGCGUCAUGCUAACAAAACGUGACUCCUGAUUGGUCACCAUCAUUUUCUGGGCUUUGUGAGAACUGAGCGCCACCUACUGUCACAGUAAAUGAACUCCAGUGUUUUGUUGUUUUCAGCACUAAUCGUUUCCUUUAUAAACUUGUUAUAAAAAUUUUGUAUCAUUUAUAAUGAAAAUAAAUCAUAAGACUUCAUAAACUCGUCUGGUUUAAUGAAGGUGAAGGACACUAAUGACACUAAUGAGCUCUGAACUUUGACCUCCUGUGUGUAUAGCUCAGCAAU